UUCAGAGGUGUGGAUCCUGUGGGCGGUGCCUGGGGUCGCGGAGGCCGUUCGCUUCUGUGGAAACGGCUGGUGGGAUUCGCGGUGCCUGGGCUUUAGGGAGAUAAAGUCGUUGAGAGAAACGUCUCUGUGCGGAGAGAAAAUGAGUUUAGCUCUGAGAAGUGAGCUUGUAGUAGACAAAACAAAGAGGAAAAAAAGAAGAGAGCUUUCUGAGGAGCAGAGACAGGAGAUUAAAGAUGCAUUUGAAUUAUUUGACACGGACAAAGAUGAUGCGAUUGAUUAUCAUGAGCUGAAGGUGGCAAUGAGAGCCUUGGGGUUUGAUGUGAAAAAAGCUGAUGUAUUGAAGAUUCUUAAAGAUUAUGACCGAGAGGCCACUGGGAAAAUCACCUUUGAAGAUUUUAAUGAAGUUGUGACAGACUGGAUAUUGGAAAGAGAUCCACAUGAAGAAAUCCUGAAGGCGUUUAAACUAUUUGAUGAUGAUGAUUCAGGAAAAAUCAGCUUGAGAAAUUUGCGUCGUGUUGCCAGAGAACUGGGUGAAAACAUGAGUGAUGAAGAACUUCGAGCCAUGAUAGAGGAAUUUGAUAAAGAUGGUGAUGGAGAAAUAAACCAAGAGGAGUUCAUUGCUAUUAUGACGGGUGACAUUUAAAGAAUGAUAAGAAUAAACACUUGAAAAUGUUGCAGUCACCAUCUUAAAUACUGUAUCUGUGCCUGGAGCCACUUUUUAAAACCUUGUUUUUCUUUGCCCCUUCUUUUUUUCCCCCCAAAAGGUCCAAGAAUAAGCAAUUUUAUAUACCUGUGUGUUUUGCUGUUGAGUUUUGUUAUAUGAACAUUGUUGAUAUGCAAAUAGUUUAGCUUUGUGUUUACAAUAUAGCGUUCAUAUAAAGUUUUGAAAGAUCAAA